GCUGCUUAGUUGUAGCACAUCCUAGGCUGAAGAACAAGGUUUGGACGGAUGACAUCCUUGAUUUAGAAUUUCAUUGGGGUCAAAAUGCUUUUUGGGGAAAUGUUCAGGAAAAUUAGACCACUGUCGCAGCAUGCGUCCACAGAAUAAUAGUUCAUCCCUCUGUCAGGUUAUAUUGCACAUACACAUGGUUUUAUUAAGCACGGAAGUAUGUUUUGUAAUGUUUCAAUUUGAGCAUAACUGCCUCUGGCUGUUGCUUGUCUUGAAUUACGCUUAAUAUUUUUUUUUUUUAAUUGUAGCCAUAGAACUUCGAGCUGUGCGAACUGCCGCGAGCAGAGCUGUCGAGUCUGCGGCGGGUCACAGUCCAGAGUGUUCUCAGCAAUUCUGAGCGGGGGGGGGGGGGGGGGGGGGGCGGGGGGGGCGAUCAGGCGACGUCACCCAUACGUGUUUUUUGCGUGCGCGCAGAGGCGGCUGAGAACCUGGAAGGUCCGAUCGGCACCAGACGUGAAUCUGAAACUUAAGUCACUUUUUCAUGAAUCGCGUUUAGAGCAUCUGGGAUCCCGUUUUCACUCGGUAUCAAAAUUUCGUUUUGACUGAUUUGAUCGCUUAGUUUUUUGUCAAACGCUGUCAAACGCUGAUAUAUACCACAAUAAAUAUUAUUUUUGCAUAUAAUCCGAACCUACGUAUGCUGUUUGGGUAGGGUAUCAUUGUGUACUUGCUGUAAAUAGGUCAGAAUAUUUUAAAGUUAUGGAAUAGCAUAAUUGAUCAGUAUUUUUAACGUGCAUGAAACGGGACAAAUCUAUAGAUAACGGCAUACAUCUGUCCUAAAUGAAAAAUGCAUUCUGCGUGAUGAUAUGUUCGAUGACUAAUCAGUCGCUAUUGUUGUCAAUCAGAUAGAGCUGUGCGUGUGCAUUGUUAAAUUUAUCUUCAGGCGUGUUAUUGUGAUCAUUCAGUAAAUGCAAAGACAUUCAAGAACUUGCCUGAUAGUAGGCUAGCGCGUAUGCACUGGGCUAUCACCGAUGGAAAAAUUCCAAAAGAUUCCAUGAGUGUCGCCUACAUUUGAUGUUGAGAAAUAAAUUAUAGACGUUUCGCAACAUAAUUCAUAUUUUCACAAAUAAGAAUCAUUCGUCACAUAUUCGCUUGCACGCCAAAUCUGUGCCGCAUGCCACACACAGCAUCCGCACCGGCACUGCAGAGGAACCUGCCGCAUCCGCCCAUUAACUCUCUGCUAGUUCUCCCCGCAGCUGCCCCGCGAAUAGAGGGACGUACUUUUCCUUUCAGUCUUAAAAAGGGGGGACAGGAUAUACUUAUUUGAACAAACGGGACAGCCCUGAGCCUCCGCCCGGUCUUCGUUGUCCAGUUAUCCUGACUUCGCAAAGUCCAGCCGCAUCUUCCCUGCAGACAACAUGGGCAUUGACAGCGAGGACCCUUUACCAGCAGAGGGCGCUCUCAGCACUAAACAAGUGCGCGCAUUCCUGAAGGGGGAACCCAAAACUCUCGGGGCUAUACAGAUCAUCAUCGGCGUUUUAACCCUAUGCCUGAGCGUGACUCUGCUCCAGGAGCCCAUCCACUUCCUGGGGGAUGUUAAAGUUCUGAUUGUUGUGUUUGUGCAGCUCACCAUGUCCGGCUCCGCCUUCGUGCACGCCGGGAGGAAGCCGUCACUCUUCUGGGUGAAGACCUCCCUGGUGCUGAACCUCGUGAGCGCGGCGUUCUCCACGGCGGCCCUGGGGCUCCUGUCCAAGCACGUGCCCUACCGCCAGUACUCCUACCACUGCGAGCACUGCCGGAAGCUGGAGAACUACACCGUGAUCAUGAUUGAAGGUGUGGUAGGCACCCUGAUCCUGUUCCUGGUGCUGGAGCUGCUCAUCUGCAUCACAGGCAUGCUUUACGGGCUGAGCGUUCUGGCCAACGGCGCCCUCCAGGUGACCGCAGGUACCCGGGUCGUCACCAUCCCCAAUAUCCAGGUCCAGGCCCCGCCCCAGGCCCCGCCUCAGGCCUCGCCCCAGGCCCCGCCCCAGGUUGUGGUUCAGGCCCCGCCCCAGGUUGUGGUCCAGGCUCCGUCCCCUAGGCCUGCCUCACCUCCCAGUGAGCCACAGGUAGAGCCAGUGGAAGAGGCCAACAUGCCAUAAAGGCUCCACCCCCCCCCCACCCCCAACACAGCAGCUAUCUCUAGCCAUCGGUGGAGGAUAGGGUGUGUGUAGCUUUUACUUUCUUCCUGUUUUUUUUGGCCAUGGGGGGAUGAGGGGUGAAUGAAAAUUUAAGCCAAAAUGGAGACUAAGGUUGGGACUAUGACUGUGAUCUCUAUAGAAUGGGUAGCUAACUGCCACUGAUUUCUGGGUGUUGUACUUGCAUUCUGUUUUUGCUCUUGUUCGGUGCUGUUUCACUUCCUAACUUGGCUCUUACUUACCGGAAUACCUCUCAUGGUUACGGUUCCACAUACAGGGGCAAUACACGGUGCUUUUAACCAAAAAAUGAUAAUGAAUAAAUAAAAAUUAAUAAUGUAGGUUUACUGUCAACAGUCUACAUUCGCCAUUGCUUAAUUAAUAUAUGCUACACGCUGUGCGCAAGUUUGCAUGUGUUAGUUAGCUCUUCACGCCUGAAAGGAAUGUCCAAUUACAAGCCAUUGUGACAUCACUGAAAGCAAAGGUCUUCACCAGGCGGCAGUGUCCAGUGCUUCAUGCUAAAUAGGUCAUCAUACUGGUUUCUUUCUUAAUUAUUGUUCAUUUAAUUUUUCAUUAUUUAAUGCACCAGUACAUUGCUUCAGCACGCACUUGUUGAUGGCAUUUUGACGGUCACCAUUUGCACAUUAUUUGUAAACCAUGCUUUAUAAUUAUAAUCCUUUUAUUGAACAGGCGUUCAGAUAUUCCGAUUUUUAAAUCUGUUAUUUUAACAGAAAGCUUAAUGAAAAAUAGUUUAUCAACUUAUUAUUUUAGGGCAAAGGGGAGGACGGAUUGAAUAAGUUGGAACGGCCAUUGCUCCAUUGUAGAAUGGGGACAUCUUUAUCAUUUUGCCUCAAAGACAAAUGUGGCUGCUAUCAUUCUGUCUACGACACAGAUACCGCAGUGUAGGAUGGCUAACUGUCACACACAGAUACCGCAGUGUAGGAUGGCUAACUGUCAAACACAGAUACCGCAGUGUAGGAUGGCUAACUGUCACACACAGAUACC